AUGUCGUACGCUCAAGCACCGCCGUCGUAUGCAGCUGCCAACAGCAAGAAUGGCUACCAACCCAUUCCGCAGGAUGACGUCGAGGCUCACGCAGAGUCCAGCGUCCCCGGACGCACCGCCAACGCGCAGUCCCCCCUGCUUGGGCCCGAUGGCAUGCCACUUCCUCGCUCUGAGGGAGACACUGAUCCUGACGACUUCAAAUUCGGUGUGAGUGGCUCAUACUGGCUAGCUUUGCCCGGCACAAAGCUGACUCUCGUCCAUACUGCCACCGAUUCCAGGUGACUGUGGAGCAAAGCUCCCCCGAGGUCCGUCAGAUGUUCCUCAAGAAAGUGUAUGCCACACUUUUCAUUCAAGUGGUAUUCACCACAGCUAUCGGAGCUGUUCUGCGCAUGGACUCGAUUCGAUCUUGGAUCUUCCAACACAGCUGGAUCAUCAUGCUCACUUCCAUCUCAAGCUUGGUCACCAUGCUCGUGCUUUACGUCAAGCGCCACUCUCAUCCGACCAACGUCAUUUUGCUUGCUGCUUUCACUGCUCUUGAAGCUGUCUCGAUUGGAAGCGCUAUUGCGUAUGUCAAUGAGGUGAGUCUUAGAUGCGGUGCGAGUUUCCGCUUACAUGUGGCCGCUCUGACCGAGCAAGCUCGGAUCCUAGGUGGUCGUACUUCAAGCACUGCUCAUCACAGGCUUCGUGUUCAUCGCACUCAAUCGUGAGUUUGUUUACAUCACUUCAUUCGCGCUCGCGCCACCUAAACCAACAUGCAAACUCCUUUGACCGCAUUACAACAGUUGCGGUAUACAUUUGGCCCUCGGUAGACUAUUCCCAGCUUGGACCUUGGCUGUUCUAUGGUCUGUUCAUCUUUUUGGGCAUCGGUCUGGUGCAGCUCUUCGUCCCCUUUUCUCGCGGUGUAGACAUCGCAAUUGCAGCUGGAGGCGUGAGUCUUGAAGCGCACACGGCAGACUGGCCGCAGUGACAUGUCUGACACAAUGUUUGACUUGUUUACAGGCCGUUCUGUUCUCGCUUUACACACUCUAUGAUGUGGAUGCGAUCUCGAAGAGGCUCUCUUGCGAAGAAUGGUGCUAUGCCAACGUCAUGCUCUUCCUCGACCUGCUCAAUCUCUUCUUGUCCAUUCUUCGCAUCCUGAACGGAGCCUCCAAUGACGACUAG